AUGAAGGCCGUUACUUCAAUCGCCUUCCUGUCGCUCCUGGCUUCGGCCCAGGCUUCUUAUGAGUACUGGGGCUCAGAGAAGUGCUACUCUAGCCCAAGCCGCUCUUCCAACAAGUGUAACGAGCAGCAGCAGAAGGGCUUCGACUGGUCGGAUCUCUCUACUGGUUCGUUCUCAUCUUAUGGAGGCUUCGAUUUCUCUGGUUUCUCCUGCAGCAACAGCUUCGGUGGUGCCAGCCACUCCAAGCGUGGUGAGAAAUGCAUCACUGGUACUGCUUCGAAGAGUGGUAGCUCUUCCUCCUCCUCCUCGGGCAGCAGCUCUCACAGCAGUGGCUCGUCCAGUGGAAGCUCCAGCUCCAGCUCGAGCUCUAGCAGCAGCGGCUCCUCUGCUCCUUCGUUCUCUUGCGGCUCCGACGAGAGUGGCUUCUCCAUCACUCACUUCCACAUCUCCACCGACAAGGAUACCGAUAUGAACAUCGUUUAUAGCAUGCCCGACGGUUCGUCGUGCCGCAACACCGCUUCUUGCUCGUCUGCCGGAACUACUGUGACCAACGACCAGUGUGGUGGUGCUACCUCCGUCUCCUUUGAGCUGCCCGACCACAGUGACCACGAUAGCUGCGACUUUGGCAUCUACAGCGUGGGCUUUGACUGCACUCCCGGUACUACUUCGGCCUUGCCUACCCCCACCCCCUCCAGCGGUAGCUCUUCGUCCUCGAUUGCUUCAGUGCCCACUGCUUCAGUGCCUACUGCCUCUAGCCCCGUUGGCUCAUCCGUGCCUGGUGUGCCUUCUCAUUCUGUGCCCGCUGGUACUUCGCCUGCUGCGACCUCCCCGGCUGCCGGUACCACUCCUGGUGCUAGCUCUCCUCCUAAGUGGACUACCUCCACUGUGUACACCACUAGCGAGGUCACUAUCACUAGCUGUGCUCCUACCGUUACCAACUGCCCGGCUGAUUCCACCACUGUCGUCACCUCGACCAUUGCUAUCUCAACCACCGUGUGCCCUGUGACUGAGACUACUCCCGCCGCUGGCCAGUCUACUCCUGCUGGAUCUACUCCCACCGAGACCGCCCCUGCUGGCUCUACUCCCACUGAGAGUGUCCCCGCUGGCUCUACGCCAACUGAGUCCACCCCUGCCGGCCCUAGCGGUAGCUCUCCAGUGACUAGCCCUGCUGGUCCCAGCGGUAGCUCGCCCGUUACAUCGCCUGCUCCUGGUGACAGCUCCUCCCCCAGCUCGCCUUCUGGAUCUGUUCCCGCUGGUUCUUCGCCUGCUGCGACCUCCCCAGCUGCCGUUACGACGCCCGGUGCCAGCUCUCCUCCUCAGUGGACUACCUCCACUGUGUACACCACUAGCGAGAUCACUAUCACUAGCUGUGCUCCUACCGUUACCAACUGCCCGGCUGAUUCCACCACUGUCGUCACCUCGACCAUUGCUAUCUCAACCACCGUGUGCCCUGUGACUGAGACUACUCCCGCCGCUGGCCAGUCUACUCCUGUUGGAUCUACUCCCACUGAGACUGCCCCUGCAGGAUCUUCCUCCACCGAGAGUGCCCCUGCUGGAUCUACCGCCAGCCCAUCGGAGUCGGCCCCUACCGGUGUUAGCCCUACGGAGACUGCCCCUGGCUCCAGCGAGUCUAGCCCUGCUCCCUCUGGCACUGUCCCUGCCAGCUCCAUCCCCACUGGCGCUAGCGCUGGCUCUACCUCCGUUCCCUCUGAGGAUACCACCACCUACAUCACUACCUACGAGACUGUCACUACUUGCCCUGUCACCAGCACUGUCAGCUCUGGCUCUUCCACCACUGUGAUCACCACCAGCACCGAGUCCACCAUCACCGUGACUUCCACUCACACCGUUUGCACUAAGUGCAGUGCUAGCGCGACCGCCACUGCUUCAUCUGGCUCCGGUACCACCCCCGUUGGUGCUGGCGCUACCGAGACCUCGCCUGUCUCUAGCCCUGUGCCUACCUCGUCUUGCCCCAAUGUUGUGCCCCAGUGCAUCAACACCUGGCUCAGCCUCGUUCCCAAGUGUACCUCCAACAGUGAUGCCAAGUGCUUCUGCCCUAACAGCGAGUUCACCGACAAGGUCAUCUCUUGUGUCCAGGCCUGGGGUUCCUCCAAGGAGGAGAUCCAGAAUGCUCUGUCUUACUUCACCGGUAUUUGCGCCGCUUGGGUUCCUACUAACCCUGGCAUCGUGACUGCUAUUCCUUCCACCAUUACUCUGGUCCCCACCGUUGUUCCUAGCGGUGCCAGCGGUGCCACUGCCAGCGCUGGUGUUACCUCGCCUGCUGUCACCUCUGCCCCCGCGGCCCCUUGCACUACCAUCACCUACUCGACCUACACCGUCACCGUUCCCCAGGUUAGCUUCGUGACUGAGACUGCCUCGGGCUCAGCUACCACUGUCGGUCUGGUUCCUGCUGCUCCCAGCGGUGCCUCUCCCGCCAACACUGGCAAGGUUCCUUCCCCGGUUGCUGCCUCGUCUACCUGGGUCACCGCCGCUGUGAGCUCCACUCCCUAUGUCAGCACUAAGGCCACUGCCACCGCCUCGCCCACUGCCUUCAACUCGGCCUCGACCGUGUCGAUCGCUUCCAGCCUCCUUCUGGGCUCCGUGGCUGCCUUCCUUGGCCUGAUGCUCUAA